AUGACAGAUGUACGAUCCCUCCUCAAGAAUGAGCGAGCAGCUCGACGGAUUCAGCACAAAUACGCCUCCUACACUCCAACCGGAACUCUUCUCUGCGUAGUCUGCCACCUUCAGCUAAAGAGCGAAUCACUAUGGGAGGGUCAUCUACGAUCAGCGGGACAUAUCAUGCGAUUUCAGAAGCUGCAGGAUAAGGAGCAACAGCAAACCCCGGAACCUGUUGCUGCCACGGAAAGCAACAAGAAGAAGCGGAAAGCAAGUGAGGAUGGAGAAGAAACAAUACGGAAACGGACAAAACCUGCAAAUGGCCUCCCCGAGGAUUUCUUCGACCCAGGAGCUGAACCCGAGCUACAACCUGCAAAUGAGAUACAGAUCCCCUCUAGGCCAGCAACGCCUGCCAAAGCCACUCCCACCCCUCCGCAGCGACCUGUGGUAGAGGUCAACGAAGAUGAAUGGGCUGCCUUCGAAGCAGACAUUGCAGCAGCGGAAAUACCAGCAGCGGAAGACGCGAUUAUAUCUGCGCCCGCGAUGUCUGCUGCACAGCUAGCGGCACAGUCCAUGGAGGAAACAAAGACACAGCGCAAAGAGAGACAAGAGGCGGAGCUAGAAGGUGAUAAAGAGGAUGCCGCUAGGAAAAUGGAGGAUCAGCUCGACGAGAUGCAGGGAUUGGAACAGAGGGUGAGGAAGAUGCGAGAAAAGAGAGAGGCUUUGAGGGCGAAGGAGAGUAUGGUGGAGUUGAAGGCUGUGGCAACGAAACCGCAGUUGUUGGACGAGGAAGAAAGCGAGGAAUCGGACGAGGGCGAGGGCGACGAUUUCGAUGGGUUUAUGAUGAAGCGUUGA